UUGAUCGUGGCAGUCAUGGAUAUAUCAGAAGAAGUUGAAGAGAAUUCAUCAGUAAAACAAGUAGCAUUAACAGUACCCACUACAGAUGAUCCAACGAUACCGGUAUUAACGUUUCGAAUGUGGGUUCUCGGAACACUUUCAUGUGUCGCACUUGCAUUCUUGAACCAGUUUUUCUACUACAGGAAAGAACCUUUAUCGAUUUCAGCACUUUCAGCACAAAUUGCUGUUGUUCCAUUAGGUCAUCUAAUGGCAAAAUAUAUAACAGUACGUAAAUUCUUCAAGGGUACUCGAUAUCAGUUUACGUUGAAUCCAGGUCCUUUUAAUAUAAAAGAACAUGUGUUGAUCACCAUUUUUGCUAACUCUGGUGCCGGUAAUGUUUAUGCUAUUCAUAUUGUUAAUGUUGUUAAAGUCUUUUACAAAAAGAGUAUCAGUUUCCCGAUUGCGCUGAUCAUCGUCUUUACGACUCAAGUACUUGGGUUUGGUUGGGCUGGGAUGUUCAGAAGAUUUUUAGUCGAACCGGCUGCGAUGUGGUGGCCCGCAAAUCUUGUUCAGGUUUCUUUGUUCAGGGCACUACACGAAAAAGAUACUCGGAAGAAAGGCGGCAUGACACGAACUCAGUUUUUCAUGAUCGUCUUAAUAAGCAGCUUUGCGUACUACAUUUUACCUGGCUACCUCUUUCCAAUGCUAACAUCCCUUUCAUGGGUUUGUUGGGUAUUCCCAAAAUCUGUUCUCGCGCACCAACUAGGAUCUGGUAUGAGCGGACUUGGGAUAGGUGCAAUAUCUCUUGAUUGGUCAGCCACCGCGUAUCUCUCGAGUCCGCUGGCGAAUCCAUGGUUUGCCACAGCAAAUGUAGCUGUUGGUUUUGCGCUUAUCAUGUACAUUAUAACACCGAUAGCAUAUUGGUUCAAUUUCUACAAGGCAAAGAACUUCCCUAUAUUCUCCAAAGGGCUUUUCACCACAUCCGGCCAGGACUACGACAUCUCCAGCAUCGUCAAUAAAAAUUUCCAAGUUGAUCUCCCAGCAUAUGAAAACAGUGGACCUCUUCACCUUAGCACUCAAUUUGCCAUGUCGUAUGGAGUCGGUUUUGCCACACUUAGUGCCACUCUUGUUCAUGUUUUCCUGUUUCAUGGAAGAGAAAUAAUGGAGCAAGCAAAAUCAGCAUUUAAAGAGAAGAAGAUGGAUAUACACACACGACUAAUGGCCAAGUACAAGCAAGUACCGGAAUGGUGGUUUGUGUGCAUACUCAUAAUUACUGUCGCAGCAACCAUAUUUUCUUGUGAGUACUUCAAUUCGCAGCUUCAGCUUCGAUGGUGGGGAGUUCUGUUCGCUUGUGGAAUUGCCUUUUUUUUUACUCUUCCUAUUGGUAUCAUUACUGCAACAACGAACCAAACACCGGGAUUGAACAUCAUAACGGAAUACGUUAUCGGCUUAAUUAUCCCGGGCCAACCUGUUGCAAACAUAUGCUUCAAGACGUAUGGGUACAUCAGCAUGACUCAAGCCCUCACUUUUCUUCAAGAUUUCAAGCUAGGACACUACAUGAAGAUUCCUCCUAAAGCAAUGUUUAUGGCACAAGUUGUAGGUACAGUAAUAGCCGCAUUAGUAUACCUGGGAACUGCAUGGUGGCUCAUCGAAACCGUGCCUAACUUCUGCAACACCAAACUGCUUCCUGCUAAUAGCCCCUGGACUUGUCCUGGAGAUCAUGUGUUCUAUGAUGCGUCAGUUAUAUGGGGAUUAAUUGGACCUAGAAGAAUUUUCGGAGAUCUCGGUACUUAUUCAGGCAUAAAUUGGUUUUUCCUAGUUGGAGCCAUCGCACCUGUGUUAGUCUGGCUCGCGCAUAAAAAAUUUCCCGCACAGAGAUGGAUUAGCCUGAUACAUAUGCCCGUACUUAUGGGUGCAACAGCAAGUAUGCCUCCAGCAACUGCAAUAAACUACACAAGUUUUGUAACUAUUGGGUUUCUUUCAGGGUUCCUCGUGUAUAGAUACCGACAAGAUUGGUGGAGAAGACACAAUUAUCUUCUUUCUGGAGCUCUUGAUGCUGGUCUUGCUUUCAUGGGAGUUGCCUUGUAUUUCUUUUUGAACAGCAAUGGGGUUAGUCUCGAUUGGUGGGGAAGUAAUUUGGAUGGGUGCCCUUUAGCAACAUGUCCAACUGCCAAAGGAAUUAACGUCGAAGGCUGCCCAGUUUUCUAG